UAGGAAAAAAAUGGAGGAUAAAACUCAUAAAUAAAAGCACUCAAGUUGGUAUAUAAAGUUAUACAUUUCUUGACCAAAAUCAGGAGAAAGGCCGCAGACAUGGGAAUCCUUGGAAGUCUCAGUUCAGAUCAACUCCAAUUCUUCAAUUCGCAAGGGUAUCUUGUGUUGGAAUCGUUUUCCAGUGCAGAAGAGAUAGACUCGAUGAGGAAGAGAAUGGAGGAGUUGCUAGAUACGUUCGAUUGCUCUUCCACCGCCUCAAUUUUCUCCACCAGGAAUCAGCAACAUACGAGUGACAAUUUCUUCUUUGAAAGUGCUGAUAAGGUUUCAUUUUUCUUUGAAGAGAAAGCAUUUGGGGAUGAUGGCAACUUAAAGCAGCCAAAGCAUCUCUCAAUAAACAAAGUUGGUCACGCUUUGGAUGAAAUUGAUCCUGUGUUUAAGAAGUUCUCUAGUACAGAGAGAAUGUCAGGCCUACUCCAGUCUUUGGGUUACAAUAGGCCAGUGGUCAUUCAAUCCAUGUACAUAUUCAAGCAACCAGGUAUUGGGGGUGAAGUAGUGCCACACCAGGAUAACUCAUUUCUGCAUACUGAGCCACGAACUUGCACGGGGUUGUGGCUGGCUUUAGAGGAUGCAACAGUUAUAAAUGGCUGUCUUUGGGCUAUUCCAGGGUCUCAUAAAAAUGGUCUUGUGAGGAGAUUCAUUCGAGAUGAGAAUGGGGUUCAUUUUGAUAACCCAUCCCCACUCUAUGACCAAAAAGAUUUUGUUCCUAUUGAAGUUAAAGCUGGCACUUUGGUUGUCAUCCAUGGUGAUCUUAUCCACCAAAGCUUUGAGAAUCAGUCUGAAAAAUCAAGGCAUGCAUACAGUUUGCAUGUAGUAGAUACUGUUGGCUGCAAAUGGUCAGAAGACAAUUGGAUUAGGAGGGCUACUGAUCCGGCGCCCGUAUACAGUUCUUGAUAUUGAGCUGCAGGUGGGUUGUCUCCAACAGUGUUGUUUAAGAAGCUUCUGCAAUUACCAAGUGCAAAAUCUAUACUUGUGCAUAUUUAAACAUGCCUGGAAGAAUGGGAGUUGUAUUGAGCUUUGUUUCAGUUUAGACACACUCUCUCUCUGACAUUGGUUCUAUGUAAUAUUUAACCUAAAUAAUGGGAGUUCUGUUGAGCUUUAUUUCAUUUCAGUUUAAACUCUCUC